AUGGGAAAUAUAUCAACAAAAGACGGAAAAGUGGUUCCUACCGAUCAGGCUGAUAAAAAACCGUCGGAACCACAACCCCCUGCUGAGCUUGAUCCCAACAUCCGAAAGUCUUUUGAAAGACAUUUGGUCGAUCUUCCAAACAUCUUCACCCAUUACGUCAUUGAUAACUAUGGAGUGUCAACAAAAUAUGUUAUUUUAUGCUUUCCAAAUGGACAAGAUAUUUACGUAGCUGCAACUGAUGGUGCUGACAAGCUAUUCGAGAAAAGCGUAACUGCAGAAGAGUUUGAGGAACUAAGAAAAGCAUUGGACAUAAAAAUUAAAAGAGGAACAGUGAAUAAUGAUCAUCUCUUCAAGGGAAUCGUGUCAUCACUGACGCUCAAGAAACCUACAUUUGUUAUUAUUGAUGAAACUAUACAAAAUGCAAAACUAUCUAUUGAAGUUACGAUCAGAAAAAUUCGAACUGAAAUCGGGUUGCGAAUGAGACGUCAUGAAGACUGUUAUGAGAAAAUAUUUUCUUUCUUUGUAAUACCAUUAUUUAACAAUUAUUUCGAAAAGAUCCAGAAUAAUGACUAUGAAAGGAUUACAAUGUUAGAAAGAACAGAAACAAGAUUGAAGGAACAGUUGAGCUAUUUGGAAUUCGUAAAAAAGUCAAUGGAAGAAAAGAAUCAGAAAAGAAGUUAUGAAACUGUAACGGAGGCCAAACUUCCUGAAGAGCUGAAUGUGGAAAAACAAGAUAUCAAAUCAACGGACAAACAGGUUCAAGGAACAACCUCAAAGGAUACUCCACCCCCAAUGCCAAUUGAAUCGGUAAUAGACUUCAUUAUGGAUGUAAAGAAAAAGUUAAUUGCUAAAAAGAUGAUCAAUCACCUGGAUGUAGAUGCAUUCAAUUGUGUAAUUAAAGCAAUUAGGCUAGAAGAUCUCAACAAACCCUCAAUACCGAGCAAGGUUGACAAAGAUUUAUUGGACUGGGUAAAAACAUGCUCAAAGAGACCACAUCCAUUGGUAUUAGUUGGAUAUUUUGUAUUCUUAAAGAAUGAUCUAUUACAGAAGUUUGAUAUUAAGGAAAACGUAUUAAUUAAUUUUUUAACAACUAUUGAAACCAGUUAUAACGAAAAUCCAUUUCACAACCAUCUCAGAGCUGCAGACGUGUUGCAAGCUGUUCAUUACAUUAUUGAGGAGGGAGGGCUUGGUGAUUUACUUCGUGACGAAGACUUGUUAGCAUGUUUAUUAGCAACCAUAGUAUUAGAUUACAAACACCCAGGAACCAAUAAUUCAUUUCAAUUACAUUCCUCUUCAAAACUUGCAAUGUUAUAUAAUGAUAGAUCUGUUCUUGAGAAUUAUCACUUAUCAGAAGCAUUUGAAGUACUCUCUUCACCAGAAAAUAAUAUUUUGAGCUCUCUUACAGAUGAUCAAUUCAAAGACAUUCGAGAGACAAUUAUUCAGAUUGUGCUUUCUUCUGACAUGAGCAGUCACGCCUACACUCUGCAAAGAUUUAACGUUAAACUCGGUAAAGAUCCCAACAACUAUGAUACAGACUUUUCCUCUAAAGAAGACGUUAGAUUAUUAUUACAAAUGGUCAUAAAAACAGCUGACAUUUGCUACACCUUUAGACCUACACAGCAAUAUUUGAAAUGGGUUGGUUAUUUAGAAGAGGAAUUUCAUAUUCAGGGAGAUAGAGAAAAGAAUAUGGGCCUUCAUAUCUCUGCCUACAUGGACAGAACAAAACCAAUGCAUCGAUCUUACCAAAGACAAUUCUUAUCAUCCGUGGCUAAUCCAAUCCUUUCCAACAUUUCCAAAGUACUUCCUCGACUUUCAAAACUUGGCGAUUUCCUUUCACAAAAUGAGCAUCAUUGGCCAUUACCGUCACUUGCAUCAUUCAGAAACACCCAUCCUGUGGUGAUGACUAGUUCCACAACAAAUCCGAAUGCCUCAACAAGUAACAUUGCUGUUACCAAUAGCAAUACCUCUUCAGACCUGUCUAGCCCCUCCAAGUGA